GAGUAGCGAAGAUAGCAUCGUGAGCUAACUGUGUCUGUUGAUCGAUAGCUUUCGUUAAAUGUAAAUGCUUUCAAAAAUAUAAAUUUGGCAAAAUUGAUAGACACAUAGAAUCCUCCACAUACAUGUCUAAUGUCGACUGACAUGGAAGUACGAGCGCCUGGCCUCUUCUGAAGGCGCAAUGCGUCUGUUUUGGUUGGCCUAGCAGUUUGUUACGGAACCUCUGCUAACAAGCUAGCCAGGUUGCUAACAUCCGUUAAGUUGGUUCAGUAAAACCAGGAAGGACGGACCAGACGAGCAGCUCGGCCUCAAAGGUUACUCAACUUCUGCAGCAUUUAUUCAUCAAAACGAGUUCGUACAGACUUGUUUGCACAGGAAAAGGAAAAGCUUAUCUAAACGGUCCUAAGUGCAAAGAUGUCAAAGGCUCCCGAUUCUCCAGCUCGGUCCCGCUCCAGAUCCAGGUCAAGAUCCAGAUCCUACUCAAGAUCUCACUCCAGAAGCCGUUCCCGCUCCAGAUCCAGAAAACGUCGCUAUAGCUCCAGGUCUCGGUCCCGCUCCCGCUCUCACUCUCCGUCCUACAGAAACUACCCCAGCAGGGACUACCAGAACAACAGAGGGGGCUUCAGAGGCUACAACCGAGGCUACCGGAGGCCCUUCCACUACCGCGGCAGAAACCGAGGCUACUACCAACGCGGCGGCCAUUACCAGAACAGGGGAGGUGGCGGCGGCGGCUAUGGCUACAAGGCCAACUGGCAGGGUGGAGGUGGAGGAGGCGGCGGAGGCGGAGGCGGCGGGGGAGGUGGCGGAGGCGGCGGGGGAGGUGGAGGCUGGCACGAUCGCCACCAUGACCAGGACCACCACUCCCACAGUCCCAGGAGGGGGCGUUCACGCUCCCGCACACCCAAAAAGCGCUCAGGCAGCCGGAGUCGCUCCCACUACUCUGACCGCUCGUCUUCCAAAGGAUCCCGGCACUCCAGGCGCUCCAGUUACUCCUCUCACUCACGGUCCUCGUCACCACGUCAUCGCAGCAACAAGAGCAAGCACGGCUCCAAGGAAACCAAGGACAAGACAGAAAGUCACGCAGAGAAAUCCGGCCAGGCAGCAGAUGGCAGCGCCAUCGAAAAGGUUUCUGGAGGGAAAUGGAUCGACUACGACCCCAGCCCUAAACGAAGCAGCCCAGAGACUAAAAAAGAAGAUGCUCCCAGCAGCUCCGAGGGCAAAGGGCCUCUGUGGAAAACCGUCGGUAGUGUGACACCUCCAGCAAAGAGCCCCACAAAGUCGGGACAAACGGCCUCCUUCAGCGGCUUUGGGUUCUUCUCAAAGGAAGCAGACAAAUCUGAAGAUAAGACGGUGAUCUCUGCUGCCUUCAAAAAGUUUUUGGCCGACAAUAAAAACAAAAAGCUGGCUGCAGAAAAGGAGAACGGUCGUGAUAAAGAGCAGAGCAACACAGACCGAGAACUAGAGAAAGGAAGUAAGUCCGGAGAUCUUUUCAACAUCUCGUCCGGUUCCUUAAGCGACUCCAAGGAAGACAAGACCCUACCUUUCUUCGACGCCGGAGAAGAGGAGUUCCUCAAGUCCCACGGGCUGAAAGACAGGGACAUUGAGGAUGACGGUGACGUCAAACCCACCCUCACAGCUCGGGACAUUUUCGGCAAAUGGGGGGGGGACGAGCCAAGCUACUCAACGUCCUACCCAUCAGCCAAAGAGAAAAGCCGGAGAGAUGCUGAAGACCCCGCAGAUCACAUGGAGGAGGAGAUGUACAGAGGCCGCAAACACAGCUCCAAAAAAGAGGAGAAGGCCAAGAAGAAGGAGAAGAAAGAGAAAGAGAAGGAGAAGUCCAGAAGGAGUCCGUCCCCUCCUGCAGCGCCCAGAGAGAAGGAGCGGCCGCUGUUCCCCGGAGCUUUCCCUCUUCGGGGGGACUCACCUGUGCGUCGCAUGUCUGCAUCAAGGGACGACUUUGAACUCAAAAUCGGUUCCAUUGAUGAAAUGCCGAGCUCUUCUAUGUCUAAAGAGCGCGUCAUGCCCAGAGAGAUGUUGAAACCCACCAAGAAAGACACAGAGUUUCGUUCCAUUUUCCAGCACGUUCAGUCAACACAGCUCCGCCGGAGCCCUUCUGAGCUGUUCGCUCAGCACAUAGUCUCAAUCGUGCAUUACAUCAAAGCUCAACACUUCCAAUCCUCAGAUAUGUCUUUAAGUGAGCGCUUUGCCAUGUACCAAAGAAAAGCUGCAGAGGUAGAAAUGAUGAAGCCAAGGAAGAGCCCAGAAAUCCACAGGAGAAUCGAUGUCUCCCCCAGUGUCUUUAAGAGGCACUCUCACGUGUUUGAGGAUAUGGAGGAGACGAGCUACAAGGAUCCAAGUAAAAAGUUCAAAGGCGACGUGAUGGACCUCCGUCUGGAUAUUGAAAGACGUAAGAGGUUUGCGGGAAAGGAGUACAAGCGUGAAGGAGGCAGGAGCUCAGGAGGCUCCCGGGGGCCGAGCAGAGAGAGGUCCUCUGAGAAAUCUGGGAAACACCACAAGAAAUCCAAGAAGGGUAAGAAGAAGCGGGACCGCUCUCCAUCCUCCUCUUCCUCCUCCUCCUCCGCCUCCCCUUAUCCCCCAGCUUUCAGGGGUAAAGAGUUUGUGGGAGGGGAGGGGAUGGAGCACUCAGAGGAGGGCUACGCUCACUCCCGGUAUCCUCCGCGGGACUACGGCGUGGCCGGAGACCGGGGCCAGUACGAGGGCCACAACGCAGAGCGAGGCCGAGGCCGAGGAUUCUUCCCCAGAGUGAGAGGGAGAGGGUGGAACAGGGGAAAUUAUCCAGGCAACAACAGCAAUGGAAACCCCGCCCCUCAGAACCCUGCAGUGCGCCCUCCAGAGGAGGAGUGGGACCCUGAAUACACUCCCAAGAGCAGGAAGUAUUACCUGCAUGACGACCGUGAUGGCGAGAAAACCUGGGUGGAAACCCGUGGGAGAGGCCGGGGGGCCUUCCCGACACGCCGGGGACGCUUCGUCUACCGGAAGGGGGGCAGCAGCCCGAAGUGGACCCACGACAUGUUCCAGGGCGGAGGGGAAAGGGCGGAUCUAGCAGACGACGGCAUGGAAGUCAGCCGUAAAGAAACCAAGACCGGAGACGCCUCGGCCCCGAAGCAGUAGAACCACUCGAUCACCAUCUGCUUAUAAGUGUGAGGACGGUUACAGUGAUGGUGAAGGGGAUAUUCCCCCCGAGCAUCACCACAUUUAAUGAUUAAAAUAUGUUAAGAGAGUUGAGCCUUCUAACAGUUAAAGUGAAGAAUCGUUGUUAUGAAGAGCAGCUUCAUUUCAGAGCGUUAUGUUUUUUAAUGUAAAAUGGGUUUGUUUCCGCAGCUGGUUUAGUUGUCUUUUUAAGGGAGAAAAUACUGAGGCAAAAAAAUAUUCUCUGAAAACACGAUAAAAUAAAAAAUGUGUGCCUUAGAAAAUAAAUAUUAUUUCUUGUGUAAUCCAGCUAUAAGAGGUAGCUGUCCAUCAGUGUAGGAAGUUUAUAGAUGAUUUCCAUUUCAUGUUGUUGGGGCUGUGAUCAAUCUUCGAUGUUACUGCAUGAUUCAUACCUCGCUCCUCGGGACCAACCAGAAGUGGGCUCAGGGCUCACCGUCAGCAAGUUUUCAGACAGGAAAAGUAAAAUAUCUUUAAUGAACCCCUGAACGGUUGAUGUUUGUCACUUAUACUCUUUGAGCGUUUUCAUAUAGUGCCACUUUACCUGUAUUUCUCAUUAGGAAGCAAAGACAUUUUUAUGUGUGUGGUUCAGUAUAUUCUCAUUUAUUGUGGGUGUUUUCAGUCUAAAAAAAAUAUACAAAUUGUAAAGAACAUGUUCUGAUUUUGGCUUUAGGCAGAAAAAUAUAAAGGUUUCGGGCUGUCAAGUUAAUUUUAGUAAGUGGCUACAUUUUUGUUUAGAUUAUUAAUUAAAAAGAAAUGUAAUGACUUUAAAAAAUGCUGUGUAGAAUUAUUAGACCUAAAUUAUUGUUAUCCUAACAUCUAAGGCAGAUCAAAUAAAACAGGAAAUGUUCAUUUUAAAAACAAAGACAUCAUUAAAUUGUCUCUCAAAAAGAAAAAGAGCAGUUGAAGCUGAUAAGGAAAGCGAAACCCCCAAAAGGCGUUGAUGGAAGUGUAUAUUUUAAGAAGAGUUGCCGCAAACUAGCAGAACCCGUCCUCUGAAUCUCACUGUGCUGCUUUCCACUGUACAUGCUGCAUGUACCAAACACAGCUGUAGGACUUUGUUUUUGUUCAAUCUGAAGCCGAACACUUUUGUACUGUUCUCAAGAGCUUUGGAGUACUUUGUCUUUUCCUUUUCAAUAAAUCUUUCUUUGAUUCAG